AUGGGGUAAGAAAAAAAAUUAUAAACUAAUAAAAUCAUUUACCAAGGGACUCCAAGCUGUGAGUAAAUACUUGUAUUAUGACUCACCAAGAGACUUUAGCCAUCAUGGAACUCACACAUCAUUCACGGUGAUAGCAAAUUUAUGUUCUUGGGGCAAGUCAAUUUGGAUUUGCUUGUGGCAUCGCUAGAGGAGUUGCAUUAUGAGCAUAUCUUGCCAUGUACAAGGUUAGCUCAACUACAAAGGUCACAGAAAGUGACAUUCUUGCUGCCAUGGAGCAAGCCAUUGCAGAUGGAGUUGAGAUAUGUCACUAUCUCCUGGCUUUGAACCCAAGCCUUUAUUUAAAGAACUUGAGGGCAUUGCUUCUGUAUCAUCCGUGGAAAAAGGGGUUGCUGUUGUUUGUGCUGUUGAGAAUUUUAUUAGUGCUAACACCACACUUAAUGGAGCUCCAUGGAUCACCACUGGUGGAGCUGGCAUACUUUGACCAGCUUACUUUCGGUGGAAUAGUAACCCUAGGAAAUGGGUUAGCCUUUGAAGGAAGCUCACCAUUAUCACUCAGUGUCUACAUUGCAUAAGGACUUUUGUAUUGUGGAGUUGAUGACAUCAACAAUUCAAUUUGCAACUAUCCUAUCCUAUGACAUUUGAGUGAAUGUUGUUGUCUUUGAAAGUCAAAUUCAGCACCCUAAGAUAACCAUUGU